AGCGGCGCCGAGGACCCCGGCGCACCUGAGCCAGGUGAGGGGGAGGAGCCAUCGGACGAGGACGACGCCGAAUAUUACAGAGAGGAGCUGGGGGAGGAGCCUGAGCCAGAUUUGUUUCCCGGCCGCUCCAAGAGGAAGCGAAGCCCCUCGGGCGCUCCCCAGGCCCGGAAACGACGGAAGAGGAACCAAAAAUCCCAUCCUGGAACCCCAAAAUCCCAUCCUGGGACCCCAAAAUCCCAUCCUGGGACCCCAAAAUCCCAACCUGGGACCCCAAAAUCCCAUCCUGGAACCCCAAAAUCCCAACCUGGGACCCCAAAAUCCCAACCUGGGACCCCAAAAUCCCGGCCAGGACAUUCUGGAAUUCCCAAAUCCCAACGGGGAACCCCCAAAUUCCGUCCUGGAUCCCAAAAAUCCCAUCCUGGAACCCCGAAAUCCCAACCUGGGACCCCGAAAUCCCACCCAAGACAGCCUGGAAUUCCCAAAUCCCAACGGGGAGCCCCAAAAUCCCAUCCUGGAACACCCAAAUCCCACCCUGGAUCCCAAAAACCCCGCCCGGGACAUCCUGGAACCCCCAAAUCCCACCCGGGACACCCCAAAAACCCCAAAUCCCAGCGGGGGGAGCUCCCGAACCCCCGGAAAAUCCCAAAUUUCCAACGGCCCCGGAAAGGGAAAAACUGAGGGGGAGAAAAAAUGGGAAUUUGGGACCCCCUGACCCCCCUGGGAUUGGGAAUUUGGGGUCCCUCAGAAUUUUGGG